AUGACACGAAUACAAUGUUUACUUUUUACAAUGAUUGUCUUGGCCGACGCAAUAAAUCGUUCCGUCUACAAAAUAGUCCUCACCCAAAAAGGAUUCGCUCAAUUCCUUCAAUACGAUUUAGAAACUCCGCCGAUAAGGGAAUUCACAUUUUGCACUUGGCUACGAUUUUUCGACCUGGCUGGCGAUCAGAGCUUGUUCACUUAUAUCGCAAACGGUAAUAACCGUGUAGUAAGGCUUUGGCUUGAUUCUGGAGGACGGCAUAUUAAAAUAUCAAUGAACGGACGGGCUUCAUCGAGUGCACUGGUCGAUAUUAAUAAAAAUUCGUGGCGUCAUAUAUGCCUUUCCUACCAAUCAGAUUUUGGCGCGUGGGCACUAUACGUGGAUGGACGACUGGAAUCCUGCGAGGCCGCACAAAGUCUUUAUGGUUUCGUGAUUCCUGGUGGAGGAAGCGUCAUUAUCGGUUACGGUAUAACCGACUCAGGUAUUCCAAGCGGCCUAGAUGGUGAGGUAUUUGGAGCGAACAUGAUACUUACUUCAACAAUAGAGCGCAAUUAUACAAUUAAAAAAGAUCCUGAAUUUCGACAAAAAACAUUUACUAGAAAUAAGUUAUUAGCUAACAAUAACAAUAAAUAUAUAGUACUUGGCAAUGUUUCUAGUGACACGGUACAAUAUUCUUCUGAAACAUUGAGUUUUCCUUUUUACAAUACUACUCGAAAUUUUAAAAAAUUUACAACGCCACACAGUACAAUAGAACACGAUGUUGGUGUAGAUUUUUCACCGGUAAAAAUGAAAUCGACUGAUGCUUCAAAUGAAAAAGAAAUUUUGGAUUUUUCGUUAGUGGAUAAAAAAUUUAAGGGCAAUGGUGAUAAGGUAAAAUUUUGGACUCUCAUGAGUCAAACUGGCAAUAGCAGCAAAUUUAAAGGAAGAAAUAGUAAAAGUAGGGAGCUAUCUGGUUCUAAAUUUCAAGAAUUUCCUAAAGUAUCAGAAUACGAAACACUACCACCUCCGUCAUCAUUUCAAGGUUUUGUGCGCUCAAAUUUUAAAAUAAAGAAACCAAUGAUAACGCCUACUUUUGAAACAAAGGAAUACGGAAAAGCUAAUUCUGCGAAAAUUGUUUCCGACCAAAAUAGUAACGGAGUAUUUGAUACGGAAAAAACUCCACCGCCAGAGAAAAAUGCAAAAGUAUACGGUCAAUGGACAAGUUCACAAUUCGCCAAUAGUGUUUUAAAUUAUAUUAAAAGUUUAAACAAUCAAAGACAACAAAGAAAAAUACCAUCAACAAUCCCACUAAUUAAACUGUCUGAUUCAUCUCCUUAUGCAUCUGAUUUCAAAUUAACAAAAAUCCGUCCACCUUAUAAAAUACAAAGAAGAACUAUUAUGGACAAACGUAUUGAUAAACGCGAGGUUUACCAUCCAGAAAUAAAUAUGGGAAACUUACAUCACGACAUAAGCAGUGCAAUUUUAGAAUCCCACGCUAAGACUCAGGGUCAUGAUAUAAAAAUAAUUGAUCGUAGAAUUCUAAAAGAUAACAAAGGUCAUAGCAUCUAUAGGGAUGUAGAUAACCAAUUGUCAAGCGAAAUACUAAAACCACGACAUUUCGUUGCUGCUUCGAAAAUUAAUUUAAAUAACUUUCAAGCUCGUUUUAAUAUUUACAGAAACAGUAAUUUAAUGACAAUACUUCCAUUUUUAAAAUCGACCGAAUACUUCAUAGAUGGAAAUAACAACAAGAAAACUAGAACUAGCAAUGAUAUAUACACUAAAAGUCUAUCAAAUGCAAAUAAGUGGCACAAUGUUAAAUCUUUUAGUAAUGAUUACACGCCGCGACAUAUUAAUAUGGAAUCAGAUGAAAAUCAGAUCACUAUUGAUACAAAAGUAGCCGAAGCGAAUAAAAAAUAUCCUUCAAUUAGGUUAAAAUAUAUGCCAAAUAAUCACAAAAUAGUAAAAAAUCUUGACGAAGAACCUAUUUUGAAUGCUCGUAGCAAGGCAAUGGAAAUAUCUAAUUUAUCAAAUACUAAUCUGGAUUCAAUUUCUAUAUUAAAAUACAAUCAUGGCUUUUUACCAAGCUACAAUAUUAAUUCACCCCUCUUAGGUAAUAAUGUUCGAGAUGAAAAUACUUCUGAUAAAAAUAAAUUCAAUCAAAAUGUUAAGAUAGAGAAUGCUUUGAAUGAGCGUUUUAUAAUUGGAAAUAAUGAAGAGCAAAAUAAGCAAAGUUUUAUUGGAGGAGACGAGAAGGUUCCGGAUAUAAAUAAUUAUAGAUCUGAUUUGGAUCAUAAAGGUGAAAAUGUAACUCCUUCUGUCGGAUUGAAAAUUUGCAAAAAUGCCGAAUUAUACGAUCGAUUGUUUUACGUUCAGCCAGAUGGUAGUGUUGACGUCACACAAAUACUAUCGCCUAUUAAGAAAAAAAAUUUAGGUAUUGAAUUUAUUAAGCAAAAUUAUAAAAAAUGUUCUUUAGAAGAGUCUAUAUUUAAACAUAGUUCUUUGUUAUUUAUCGAUUGGAAUAAAACACCCGUUAGACUAUUCGGAGGUUCAUAUCCUCAAAAAACAAAAGAUCUAUGUGGUUUUUUCUAAUUUUAAAUAAUAUUCCGUUUGUAUACAAUAAAG